GAUUGGAUAUUUAAACUGGAUGCUGUGAACCAAUAGCAUACAGAACUGUACAAAGAGAUCUACUCUAUCCCCCAUUUACUCACAUCACAGUAACCCUCACUGUGCUCGGAGGUGGAGAGGACAUGCGCUUAUCCAAUGGCGUCCGGAAUAUAUAUUUUGUUACAAAUAGCUUAAGGAUUUUUCUAUACAGUAUCCAUUCUGGUGAUGGCUUUAUAUGCUGGGCUCUGUCGAUGAAUAUUUGGAUGGGAAAUAAUAUAUUCUAACGGACUAAGGAUGACAAAGAGAAUAGGAUACCGAGACUGGAGAUGGCAGGCGUUUUGGUGGCAUCAUUUCUUUCUCUUGUGGAGUACAAUAGACGCACAGACUCGUUACAGCAUACCAGAAGAACUAAAACAGGGCUCUGUGGUAGGAAAUCUUGCCAAAGACCUGGGUUUGGCAUUAUCUGAAAUUUAUUAUCGUAAUCUGCGUGUAGCUUCUGAGACUGGUAAGCAGUAUUUCAGCGUGGAUGCGGGGAAGGGCGAGCUGGUGGUGAAUGACAGAAUAGACAGAGAGGUUUUAUGUGGACAAAGCGCCCGCUGUGUGUUACCUUUACAAAUUGUAACAGAGAAUCCCUUGCAGCUGCAUCGUAUAGAAAUAGAAGUAAGGGACAUAAAUGACAAUUCUCCGGUUUUUAUAACCGAGGAGAAAUAUUUAAAGAUAGCAGAAUCUACUGCCACAGGCAUUCGCUUCCCUUUAGACAUCGCGCAGGAUCAGGACGUUGGAAGUAAUUCCGUUAAAUCGUACACAUUAAGUAAAAACGAGUGUUUUAGUUUGAAACUGAAAGAGUUGUCUGGCGACCGACAGGUUCCGGAGCUGGUCCUAGAGAAACCGCUUGACAGAGAGAAGCAAAGUGUACAUCAGCUAUUACUGACAGCGUUAGAUGGAGGUAAUCCUGUAAAAACUGGAACGACAAAAAUCGUAGUUACUGUACUUGACAUCAACGACAAUGUUCCUGUUUUUAAAAAAGCUUUGUAUAAUGUAUCAGUACAUGAAAAUAUUGUUUCUGGUUCUGUACUCGUUAAAGUUGAAGCAGCAGACGCAGACGAGGGCGUUAAUGGAGCGAUUCAAUACGCAUUUGCUGAACACACAUCAGAAUCACUGUUGUCUGUUUUUCAAUUGAAUCCAGACACAGGGGAAAUUUCCUUGAUAGGGCCUUUAGAUUAUGAAAGCAAUACAGUGCAUGAAAUACGUAUUACUGCAAAAGACAAAGGUGUUCCUGAGAUGGAAGGUCACUGCCGCGUGCAAAUAGUUGUCAUAGACAUGAAUGAUAAUGCUCCAGAAAUAGUGUUGACUUCAAAACCAAACCCAGUACGCGAGGAUGCACCAAAAGGCACUGUUGUAGCAUUAAUCAGUGCACGAGACCUCGACUCUGGUAAUAAUGGAAAAGUUUCAUUAGAAUUAAAAAGUGGGCCUCCAUUCACUUUGAAACCUUCAUUUUCUGACAACUACGCACUCAUUACAAGUGGUGCUUUAGACAGAGAACGUUUUUCAGAAUAUAAUAUUGAAAUUACAGCCACUGAUUCAGGCUCACCUCCCUUGACCAAGUACAGCGAUUUCACUCUGAUCAAACCCAGCAGCACCACAGACUUUAAGGAGGUGAUCAGUGUCCUGGAUGCUUCUUUACCCGACAGCACCUGGACCUUUGAGAGCCAGCAGGUGAGGACAAAAAAACAGUAG